AUGGCAGGCCAGGACUUCAAAAAAUGGGAGAAGUUCUUCGAGAACCGCACCGUGGAGCGACACGCAGAACAGCUCCUCCCAUAUAUCAAAUCCGACUCCAAAAUCAUUGAUGUCGGCUGCGGUACUGGUUCCAUAACCUUGGACUUCGCGAGAAGAGCUCCUCAAGGUCACGUCGUUGGCAUCGACUAUAUCGAGAAGAGCAUCGCUACUGCCAAAUUCGCGGCUGAGCAAGCCGGUCUCAAGAAUAUCGAGUUCCUUGUCGGCAACGCAGAAGACCUGAGCCAGUACCAGGACAACACAUUCGAUAUCGCACACGGCCAUCAGGUUAUGCUGCACUUGCCGAACCCAGUAGCUUCGUUACAACACAUGCAUCGGAUUGUAAAGCCAGGUGGGCCCGUCGCCGUGCGCGAUCUGGCGACGUACGAGCAAUGCGAAUCGACAGCCUUGAUCACCGAAAACACACAAAAGUUUUGGGAAGGUUCCAGAGCACGAGGUGCAGAGGGUCUAGGUGCCGGCAAGGUUAACCACGUUUGGCUACAUGAAGCUGGGUUUGCCUGGAAGGAUAUUCGCAAGGGCGUAGUUGCAUUUGAACUUGACAUGGACCAAUAUCCCGCAUUGCUCGAAGGACAGCUCGGUUGGGCCAGGGACCGAGGCGAGACGGAAGAGUAUUUAAGCACAUUGAAGGAAGAGCUUGACACCUGGGCGGCGAAUCCAGCGGCCAGACUUGUCUGGAUGGUUGGCUGGGCUUUGGCGACCAAAGAGUAG